AUGUGGGACCCAUCCUGGGUCGAUCUCUAUCCGAGCUGUCUGGCUUCUUUAUGAAAUGUCUCUGAAGCCCAAAGCCCAUUUUCUACCGGCAUCCUCUGUCGCUCUCUCUCGGAUGGAUGUGGGCUACACAGGUCCGACUUGGAGCUUGUUCUCAGAGGGGCCCUGUUCAGGACAUCUGAGCAGGGCCUGACUUCGAGCUUCAAAAGCCCUUGUUUUUUUUUUUUUCUUUGCCUAUUUUUCACGCUUCGUUUAUGUGUUCUUCUACUGUCUGUCAUAGCUUCUGAAAUUUCAGGAAGGAGCACUGCCUGCGAAGCAGUUGAUCAAACGCAUAGAAGACGUCUUGAAGAUUGCUAUAUAG